CUCCACUUGCAUUCAGAGAAAACACGCAUUACAUUCUGCCAGUGGCAACAGGAAAAUGGCCCACAGCAAAUGUUGGAACAUGUUGAGUUUGUUAGGAUCCAACCAGGAUGCUUUUGGUUUAUGAUUCCUCUCAGGAGCAGCUUUAGGCCACACUAAGGUGUUCUCACAAUCAAGAUGGCCACCUUUGAUAACGACACCGACUUCUUCAAUGCCAGUGCCUUCUACUGUAAAUUUGAUGAAGAUUUCAAAUACAUCCUCCUUCCUGUCAGCUAUGCCCUUGUGUUUGUGGUCGGUCUGGGGCUGAAUGCCACAGCGCUGUAUGUGAUUGUGUUCCGCACUAAGCGCUGGAAACCCUCCACGAUCUACAUGUUCAACCUGACGAUGUGUGACACUCUCUACAUCCUCACCCUGCCCUUCCUCAUCUAUUACUACGCAGAUGAGAACGACUGGCCCUUCACUGAACCGCUCUGCAAGCUCAUACGCUUCCUGUUUUACGCCAACUUAUAUGGUUCCAUUCUCUUCCUGUGCUGUAUCAGUUUGCAUCGCUUUGUUGGCAUCUGCUAUCCAGUGCGCUCCCUGUACUGGGUCAGCGCUCGUCGGGCCAGGCUGGUAUCUGUGGCAGUGUGGGCCUGUGUUUUAUUAUGCCAGGCACCCGUCCUCUACUUCUCAAGAAUUAGGGAUGCAGCCUCGGGGCGGGUCUGCUACGACACCACGAGCCCGGAGCUUUUUGACGACUUCUUGGUCUACAGCUCAGUAGUGUCAGUUCUUAUGUUUGCCGUGCCCUUCAUGGUCGUGAUGGUGUGCUACGGGCUCAUGGUGCGGAAACUUCUGGAGCCUGGCUGGGGCUCAGAAGGGGGGGAGAGAGGGGGCCUGGCCGCCAAUCGUACUAAGCAGAAGUCGGUGAAGAUGAUCAUCAUUGUGCUGGCAACGUUCAUGCUCUGCUUCCUCCCUUUCCACCUCACCAGGAGUCUUUACUACUCGUUCAGAUACCUUAGGCAGGUCAAUCCAGCACAGAUCAGCUGUUCAUUGCUGGAAGCCUCCAGUGUGGCCUACAAGGUCACCCGACCUUUUGCCAGCGCCAACAGCUGUAUAGACCCCAUACUUUACUUCCUGGCUGGGCAGGACAUCCGCAGUCACCUCACCAAGAAGAAAAAGCCAUCUACAUUGAAAUCAGCAGAUGUGAAUGAGACAACAAAACUCUGAUCUGAUAGCUCAGUCUGCAUUGGUAAUGAUGCAAAAGGGCUGUGGGGACACUGUUUGUGCUCGUUGCCAGACAACCUAUGCUUUCUUCAAGAGUACAAUUUUCAAUCCUCAAUAUCCACCAGCUGUCUGUGCAGCAAACACAUGAGUUCUGAGGGUUGGAACACAUGAAGAAGCAAGAGUGAAAUUAAAACCAAGGAAACACUAUACAACCCUAACUGGACUGUCAAAAAAGUACAGUUGAGCAACACAGCAUUCAGAGUUCUAUCCUUAACCAGCCAAGGUGUAUGUAUGUUCACAUUAGACUAGAUGUUAGAAAAAAACAAAAAAAUCAGAUAUACACAGUUAUGGUGGCUUAAGGUUAUAGAUAAAAAUCUAAAUCAUGUAGCAUAUUCCUGAACGGAGGCACUAGAGGCCUUCAAAGGAUUUCUUGAUAUCAUGUUGUUUGUUAUUUUUGAAUGUAAAGCGAGAAACUAAAUUAUAUGACACUCCCCAGCUGUGAUUUGUCAAGUGCUUGUUAUCACCUGUAGUGUUUCCUACAGGUGAUAACAAGCACUGGUAUACAUACAUAUAUAUACACAGUACAUUUAGGUCUUUAUUUUAGUCCAGAUUUCUGUUCUGAAAUGCAAGUAAAGACCUAUUCAAUCGUAAAGCUUUGUUUGCAUAUUUAAUCAAAUAAUACAAAAACAAUGCAAGUAACUGAAUAGGGACGUUUCAUGUUUUGUUUUGUUGUUUUUUUUCCCCCUCUUCUCUUGUAGUGUUAGUUUACUGGAUGACUAGUGUAACUGGUGUUUGGACAUCAGACGGAGAUGGCUCAGAUGUUCAGCCUCUUUACUGGCUUUUAAAGGAUAAGUUCAAAUGAAAAUUUAAAUUCAGCCAUCAUCUUCUCAACCCCAUGCCAAUGGAAAGUUUUUUGUGAAGUUGCACAGUGCUCAAAACAUUUCUGGAGCUUAACAGCAAAGCAUUUUAAUUUUUGGGUGAACUUAUCCUUUCAAGUUUUAAUAUUUUGAAUCUGCUGGAGAAGUUUGUGUGUGUGUGUGUGUGUGUGUGUCACUUUGUGUCAUAAAAAUGUGAAGGAACUAAAAAAAAAAAACAAGAUAUGAUAAACUUCUAUAAUAUAUAAUAUAUGUGGUACAUUGUGGUGAUACUUGUCAUUAUUUGUCUCCUGGACCAUAAUGCUUUUUGUUUAACCUAGAUGAUAUCAUUUGUGUCAAGUGAGAUAUAAUUAUUGCAUUAC